AUGAAAGACAUAACUGACACUGCAGUACCAUUGCCUCCACAACAAGCGCAGGAAGCAUCUUCCAUUGAACAAUGCACAUUAAGUAAGGAAAAGCCUUCAUGUUCACUAGACUCAUUAACAGACUGUAAAUCUAAUGAAAUGGCAAAACCUGAAGAAAGACCAUCAAAUUCCAUCGUUGAUGAAGACAUGACAAAUGAAAAAGAGCCAAAAGGGAAGUCAAAUGGGAAAGAGGUGAAGACAGUAUCGAGUCCAUUGGAUAUGUUAAAGUGGAGAAACAAAAAGUCAGGAGCAGAAACUAAAAGAGGAAGGAAAAAAGAGUAAGAAAACAUUUUGUUAGUCUUAUUUAAUCCUUGAAUAAAAUCACUUGAUAAAGAAAUAUUUUCAUAAGUAGUUUUUGUCUGUUAUAAAGCAAAAAACAGACUGAGGCUUCUUUUAGUACUAAUAGUAAUAAUUACUGAUAGCACAUGUACGACAGAGCACAGUGGAUGAUGGGAAGAUAAGAUGCAGAGGAGGGAACUGUGCUUUGUGUGAAUUAUCAAUAGAAUUAUUAAUAUAUUUAAUUAAUGAUAUUUUAACCAGGAAGAAGAAUGAGGAAGUGCAUUCAAGACAGACUGCGAUGUCUGAAUAUUUUUCAGUUAGACGAAGUGACAGAAAGUGCAAAUCAGCUAUUCAGGUAUCUCCUAUUUUUUAUGUUAAUUAAAUGCCAAAAUAAUACCCAGUCAACGGACAAUGUCUGGCUAAGAUGACCCUUUUGUCUGGUCAAACUCUCAUUUUGCUAGUCGUUUUGACCAGACACUUAAGCAACCAGAAACAAAAUACAUUUUCACCUCAUUACAUUUCAAGGGGACAAGCAUCUUUUUCCAUUAUUAAUGUUUUUGUUCGUUAUGUUAAAAUGUUCAAGUUAGUUUGACCGGUGAGAAGAAAGACGUGACCAAAAUAUUCUUGGCCAGUGAACAGGACUGGCAAUAAACCCAAAUUUUUUUUGAGCCCUGUGGCCUACUUCUUGAAAGACCCACAUGCUUUUCAGGCCCGAAGGCAAAUUUUAAAAUCAAAACUUGUUGAAUAGUAGCACAGUUCCUAGCUCAGUUUUGCUUCAUUAACUGAUUGUUUCAUUGUAUCAUUGUCAAAUAAAGACACUUUGAUCUUGAAUGUAAAUAUAGGAAACUCAAAAUGGCUUUCUGGGCCCGAACAACUACCCAGACUUUCAAGAAACAGGUCCCUGGCUUUAACCAAGAAAGAUUACAUGUACCUUGUGAGCAAUUUUUAGUUAUCUUUUAGUCUCAGAGAUCUGAAAUCAAAUAAAUUUCAUUAUAGUUAAAUUCUCAUUACCUUUUGUAUUAUAAUUUUGUUUUCAGAAAGAAAAGCAAAAUGCUCUUGAAGAAGCACUGUUGUCUGGCAGAGAAGAUGGCCUUGAGGUGAGAUUUCUUAUGCAAAUUGAAUUUAUUUUGGUUUGCAUAUUUACUCUGUAACAAUUGCAGUUUAAUAAACUAAUUGUUUCCGCAAACAAUAGAUAUAAGAAUGAUAAUGAUAAUAAUAACAAUAAUGAUGAUAAUAAUAAUAAUGAUAAUAAUAAUAAUGUGUGUGCGACAUUUCCUUCUCACACCUGUUAAAAUUUUUUUCAAUGGGGCAUAACUAUGGUAACAUCAAAAGGAAGCAACCUUGACAACCACCUAGAUGUUUGCUAGAGAUUUCUGCAUAACAAGAUAAAACAAUCAAUCAGUAGAGGUGCUAUGAAAUUUCCUGUCUAGAGAUGUGCUACAGACAGUGAAACUGCCAGAAACAAACUUAAGUGUGACCACUUGCAUCAGGAUAUGUAAUAUACCGCAAAGAAAUACCGAGGGAUAUUGAACUUCCUUCUUUCAACGAAAUCAUUCUCUUGUUUUCCUGUUUUAGGUACGAGAAGUAGAAGGCAAAGGGCGAGGUGUGUUUUCAACAAAAGCUUUCUCAAAAGGGCAGUUUGUUUGUGAAUAUGCUGGAGAACUCAUUGACUAUAAGACUGCUAAAGAACGAGAACAAUUUUAUGAAGGGAAAACAGAAUAUGGGUGUUACAUGUAUUACUUCAACUUCAAGAACAAAAAGUUGUGGUGAGUAUAAUGUUUUGAAUUAAAACAAAGCUCUGCGAUGAGAAACUGCCUUGUGACUUGUCUUGCAAUUUUGUUGCGAUACAAGGUAGAGAAAACUGUCUAGUCCAAGUUCACCCUCUGUCUCUCAAAGUUAUUGUUACGACAAGCAUUUGCACGAAGAAGAAUUAUUUAAAAGUUACACUUCUCUAGAGAAUAGUUAAUAGUACUAUUUGCAGAGGACUCCUAGCAUUUCUUUUGUAUCGUCAUCACUGAAGCGUAGCGCAACAAUGUUGAAUCCGUUUGCACAGCACUUCAGCUCUUCAGCUGUUUCAGUUUACACAUGGUCUCCGAGAACGUCAUUCAUGUGUGUCACAGUAUUACUAAGUCUUAUAGGUCGUAUCCUUCCCAUAAUGCACUGCAAAUCCCGAUAUUGUUGGGAUUAGUGUCUCUCUUUCCUAAAAACCCUUCAAAACAAUCAAACCUUGCCUCCGUAAGUGCCAUCUGUGACAUGUGCUCUUUUUACGAUACUAACUUGUUUUUGUCCUCGAUCUAAACAGUGUUGAUGCUACAAAAGAGAGUGGAAGACUCGGAAGACUGUUAAAUCACAGCAAAACUGAAGCAAACUGUGCCACAAAACUAGUGUGUGUACAGGACACGCCCCAUUUGAUACUGGAAACAAUCCAAGAUGUGUCGGAAGGAGAGGAACUUUUAUAUGACUAUGGAGAGAGAAGCAAAGACGUAAUUCAGCAUCAUCAGUGGUUAAAAAGUUAACAGCGAUCCCUACAGCUGUUCCUACCAAUUGAGUUCACGCAUGGUUUAAACAGAUGUCAGCAGAGAUUUAUAUGUAAACAUAAGGAUGUCUUGAUUUGUCAGUCUGUGGAAGGUCAACCCCAAAUUUGCAUGGAUGUACAUGUUAAUGCGUCUGGAGUCACUUGUAACUGGAGAGAAAAUAGUUUUUAUACGACGACUUUUUCGUUUUCCCUUCCAUUCAGUGCCUUAACAAAACUUUAUAGCGUCUAUAUAGAAACGUUUUUGCCACCAAAUAUGCCUGAUUAUUUGUUGUAUAAACUAACCCAGCCUGGUCCCUAGGCGUUCUGGGCACGGUCAAUCCUAGACUCUACCAUGAGCUGUGACGUCACCGAGAGAUACUCGCCCAGAACAACACCGCGGCAAAACGUCUACGAAUGCGCCAGGUUGAGCAUUUCCGGUCUCUUUUUCAGUCACACUUUCCAGUCAGA